AUGAGUACCGAGUUUUCCGUUCCAAAAUUGAAGGAUUACGGUCUUGACGGUGCGACAGGCUUUUUACCAUCAAAGUUCCCGAUUACUCAUCUCUCCGAUCCAUACUACGCUUGCUGGGAAAAAAUAGUGGCCAAUUUGCCGUCGUUAUUGCUGUCAAAACGUAUCCGGGAAGUGGUUGAUCGUUUACCGGUUUUGGAAGUGAAAAAAACGCUAUUGGACGACGUCCAAGAGUUGAGGAGAGCAUACUCAGUGCUUUGCUUCAUUACCAACGCUUACGUUUGGGGCUAUGAUGAGCCGUCCGAAGUUUUACCAGAUUGUGUAGCUAGCCCGCUCCUAAUUAUUAGUGAGAGGCUGGGACUUCCUCCGCUGGCUACGUAUGCUUCGUUGAUCCUUUGGAAUUAUAAGCCCAUCAUCGAUGAUCUGGACCUGGUAGACGACAUAAUGGAGCUGCCAAACCUCACUACCAUCAACACAUUCACAGGUGGGAUAGACGAAAGUUGGUUUUAUUUGGUUAGUGUUUUUUUCGAAAAAACAGGUGGUCAGUGUUUGGAAUCGGGACUGCAAGCUAUCCAAGCGGUAAGAGAAAAGAACUCCGAGGAUUUGCGCACAAUUUUGGAAAAAUUGGCUCAAGGAAUCGAUGAGUUGGGAACUUUACUAAUGCGCAUGGAAGAAAUGUGCGAUCCGCAUAUCUUCUAUUACCGUAUCAGACCAUACCUGGCAGGCUGGAAAAAUAUGGCAGAUGUCGGGCUACCCAAAGGUAUUCGGUAUGGGCCUACCGGCGAGUAUCAGCAAUAUGCAGGCGGUUCCAAUGCUCAGAGCUCCCUGAUUCAGGCUCUAGACAUUUUGCUGGGAGUCGAACAUUUUGCUGCGGGACAUAAAAAACCUCAGCAAGAUGCCAUAUCGGCCAAAUCUUCCAGUAAUUCCUUCAUCAACGGGAUGAGAAUGUACAUGCCGCAAGAACACAGGGAGUUUUUAGCACACCUUCAGCAUGUUAGUAAUUUACGAGGCUAUGUCUUGUCGCACAAGUCGGAUCAUAAACUAACCCUAGCAUACGACGCUUGCCUGGCAAUGCUUAAAUCUUUCCGCGAUAAGCACAUCCAAAUUGUAUCUCGGUAUGUGAUUUUGCAAGCCAAUAAAAAGCCUCUUCCAGGAAAGAGUAAAACUCUACGGAGUGGUCUCUCGAAAGGUCAAGGUAAAAAAGUGCAAAAGGGUACUGGCGGAACUUCUCUAAUUCCAUUUUUGAAACAGUGCAGAGAUGAAACUGGAAGUGUUGCAGCAAGUGAAUGGGGUAAGAAAAUGCUAAGUACAGGAGUACUACAGGUUCAAAGUACGAGUAGCGUUGUCGGUAUUCGCAAACAGCGUCGCGCUGAAGAGGAAAGUUCAGAGGACUCUCACAAGAUAGCCAAGGUUAGCCAAGGUUGGUCUCGCCGGGGAUUGGACUACCGCUGA